AGCCCCUAAAUUUUAUUUUCGCGUACUUUACUCACCGCUAUGCCAUCGCCAAGCCAAAUACCUAGUCUAGACUCUAGACAUGCACACGCGUAAAGAAUUUCGAAGAUAAAGAGCAAAGAAAUUACGCCAUCGCAUCGCACCUCUUUUAAGCUGCAGCUGGAUUUCAUGACCAGAUUGCUUCCGAUUACUAUAAAUUGCGAGCUUGGCGCGAAACGUAGAGAGCUAGAACAGGAAGCAUGAAUCCGGAUGCAGGUCCCUCGGAAAAUACACAACGUUGGGCGAGGUUUGUUGCCACAUGCUUGAUUGGGGGGGCAGUAAUCGGGAUAUCGCUGCUGGGCUUGCAUUUGGGGGUUCCUCAUCAGCCGUCGAUGAGGGUAUGGCGGAGGAAAAAGAAGCCCGUUCGCGUAUACAUGGACGGAUGCUUUGACAUGAUGCACUAUGGCCAUUGCAACGCCCUCCGUCAGGCUAGAGCCCUUGGCGACCAAUUGGUCGUUGGCGUCGUUAGCGAUGCUGAAAUAACUGCCAACAAAGGUCCUCCUGUUACUCCCCUCAAGGAAAGGAUGAUCAUGGUCAAUGCCGUUAAAUGGGUUGAUGAGGUUAUUCCGGACGCGCCCUAUGCCAUAACUGAAGAUUUCAUGAGAAAGCUAUUUGACGAGUACAAGAUAGAUUAUAUCAUUCACGGUGAUGACCCUUGUGUUCUCCCUGAUGGAACUGAUGCUUAUGCUCUAGCUAAGAAGGCAGGUCGCUACAAGCAGAUCAAGCGCACAGAAGGAGUUUCAAGCACGGAUAUUGUAGGUCGCAUGCUUCUCUGUGUAAGAGAGAGAUCUAUUAGUGACAAUCAAAAUCAUUCUUCAUUACAAAGACAGUUCAGUCAUGGUCAUAGUCAGAAAUUUGAAGAUGGUGGAUCUGGAAGUGGAACUCGUGUCUCCCAUUUCUUACCAACUUCUCGUCGAAUUGUUCAAUUUUCCAAUGAGAAGGGGCCAGGACCAGAUGCUCGCAUUAUUUAUAUAGACGGUGCAUUUGAUCUUUUCCAUGCUGGACAUGUGGAGAUUUUGAAGCAUGCCCGAAGUAUGGGAGACUUUCUUCUGGUUGGAAUACAUACUGAUCUGACUGUCAGUGCCAACAGAGGAGCUCAUCGACCAAUAAUGAAUCUCCACGAGAGAAGCUUGAGUGUUUUGGCAUGUCGUUAUGUGGACGAGGUGAUAAUAGGUGCACCUUGGGAAGUGUCUAAAGACAUGAUUACAACUUUUAACAUCUCAUUGGUAGUCCAUGGAAGUAUUGCCGAAAUUAAUGAUUUUCAGAAGAGGGAAUGCAAUCCAUAUGCUGUCCCUAUUAGUAUGGGCAUCUUCAAAAUUCUAGACAGUCCGCUAGACAUCACAACAACCACUAUUAUUAGGAGGAUUGUAUCCAAUCAUGAGGCAUACCAGAAGCGCAAUGAGAAGAAGGCAAAUAGCGAAAGAAGAUACUAUGAAGAUAAGACUUAUAUUUUGGCUGAUUGAUAAUGUCAAAUGUCCUGGUGAGUGAAGUUUUGCACGGAAAAGAGGUGUAUCUUGGGCAUCUUGCUUACUGUUUUUGAUCACUAAUUAACAAUAAGGAUAGAUAAAAGGAACAUCAAAUGUUGGACAAUUUCGAAGGUAGCUAUAUUUUAUGACUUGAAUAUAAAGUUUACAUUUUUAGUUAACAAAUGUAUUUUUUUUCCAAUAAAGAAACGAGGUUUUAUCUCCAUCGUGUUAUAAUAAAA